AUGGCUGCAGUUCUUGUUAACCGUAUUCUAUGUGAUUCUGCCUUUUACCCAUUGUGCCAUGCACAAUUCUCCGGGCGAAACCCAACCACCCAGACUGGAGAUACAAAUCAACAGCAAUGCAAAUAUAACAUGUCGCAUGAAUUUAAUGAAAUUCGGCAACAAAGUCAAUAGCUCAUCAUUGUAUUUUGUUGAAGAAGAUACGGGAAAAAGAGUACCUGAAACGGAUAUAGAGAUUACUGAUGAAGCCACAAUUACAUUCAUGUUACGAAAUGCCACAGAACAAGAUCGUAAUUAUGUGUGUAAAAGUGAUGGCAUGGGCAUUGGCGUCACUCACGUGUCAGUCGGUACUGCUCCCUUGGACGUUACAGACUUUAAGUGUCGUGGUUACGACUACACAUAUAUGGUGUGCAACUUCUCCAUACCGCACAAUGUUAUACUAACAAAAUACAGUUUAAACUAUACGGCUCAAUCGGCGUUAUAUCGCACCUAUUAUAUGGACCAAAGCGGAAAACGUGUUUAUCGUACAAUUUAUUCACAGAACUAUAUACAAACAUGUCCUCUGGAAAUCCAAGAGAAACAGGCAAUAUGUAAUUUGACAAUGGACGAGAAUAACUAUCAGAAAAAUCAUGAAUUCUUCAACUUUACGUUGAGGGGUGAAAAUGGUGUGGGCACAAAUGUGCAAACUUUUUGGAUUAAUAAUUACGAAAGUGUAAUUCCGCCAAGGCCAGAGUACACGUUUGAGGAUAUAACAUGUCAUUCGGCCAUUAUCAAAUGGUACAACAUCAAGUACAGCUAUUACAAAUCUAAGGGUCUACAGUAUGACAUUCGUUUGCGUCCCAAAGACGGCAAUGUUGAUUGGAUGAGCCAUUCCAAUUAUGAAAUACGUCAAAAACAAUCUGAAUUCAAGAUCAUCUUGCGCGAUAUACCAUUUGCGUAUGUCUGGUAUGAGUUAAGUGUCCGAGUACGUGUUAAGAAGUCGGCACGAUUCGAUGAUUCUUAUUGGAGUGAACCAUAUAUACAGAAAUUUCGCACAGCAGCUUGCCCGCCGGAUGCCGCACCACUUACCGAUAAUGGCAGUUUUUACAUUGUUCCUACACAAACACAAGUCCGUCUCUAUUGGCAUCAAUUGCCGGAAUAUAAAAUGAAUGGUCCCAAUUUUACUUAUGUCAUCGAACAAGUGAAAAUUGACGGUACCAAAGUUUCACUAGAACCCCUGGAAAUAGAUUUGAUUUCAGCCAAAUUUCCCUGGCAUCGGCAGCAUCGCUAUGAAUUUGUUAUCAAAAGUCGCAACUCGGAAGGUGAUUCGCCAAACAGUAGUAUAAUUAAUAUUCCGGUCUGGUCAAAACAUGAUGCAAGUUUGACCUCACCGGAAUGGAUAAAAAAUGUAUACGAUUCGGUAAACCGAACAUAUAAACUGUCAUGGGGUGCACCCAAAAGGAAAGAAGGUUUAGUAGACUACACCGUUUUUUGGUGUCAGUCGAGGAAAGCCACGCAGGAUGAGUGUAAGGGUACUAUAAAUUUUGCACAUGUAAGCCGCGAUUCCACGGAAUUCAUUGUGACACCACAAAAGGACGACCAGAGUCUUAAUUUAGCUGUGUCGGCGAAUUAUCGUGACUUCAAUUCAGGUAUGCAUUGGAUGUGUGCGGCUGAUAUAACAGCCGAUCUGGGCAAAAUGGAACCAGAACUCAUGUCCAUUUCAUCGCGCUCAAUAACUAUUCAACUGCGGUCCGAUCACAUAUGUACAUCAUUGCUGGAAGGUUACAAUAUUACGUAUUGUCGUGUACAUCGUCAACAUAACAAUAUUGGUGAUAAGGUUGCGUGUGCCGACAAACCCAUAACCCAUACCAUACUCGGAACUGCCAAAAAGUUUGUAAUUGAAAAAUUGAGACCCUAUUCGGUGUAUAAAAUUGAAUUGCUUGUUUUCUCGAAAUUUAAAACUGGCAAAAUGAGUGAUCCGCUGAUUGUGCAAACCCACGAAGAAGGUAGCUCAGCGGUCCUAACUUGGCUAUCGCCAGAACAUCACAAUGGCAAACUAACCAAAUAUAGGAUAGAAUACAACAAUGAAAAUCAUAUCAUUGAUUGCCAGUUGGAUAGUUCCAUUUGUUCGAAAAAGGAAAUGACGUUUACUUUGGAGAAUUUGAGUAGCUUUACUAAUUAUAAAGUGUACAUAGUGGCAUAUACUAAUGCUGCACCUUCUGAGCAUAGUAACGACAUUAAUGUCAAAACAUUGGUGGGAAUUCCCUCGAAUCCAAGUCACAUAACUGAGACGGCAAAUAUUUUGCAAUGGUCCAAACCUGAGGUUCCUUCGGGUCGUGUAGAGUUCUAUCAGGUGGCAAUAAUGGUUUGGCACAAAGAUGUUAUACAACGUCAGUAUAUUUCCAAUGUUGCAAACACCACGUGCAAGUUCAAUCUGCCAGUUUGUAGAGAUGCCGAUCAACGUUUCACACUGCAAGUGAGAGCUGUUAAUGUGGCCCUACGUGAAUCCGAAAUCGAUCAGUAUAUAUUUGCUGCAAAGAAUUCAAUGGAUUCUGAUUAUGAGUUAUCACAAGACAAUGGUUAUUUUGGCGAUAAUGAAGAUUUGCGAUGUGAAGAUGGUGGCAUGUCGGAGGAGAAGGAAAGAAUGAUACGCAAAUAUAGCGAUCAAGAGAAGUAUGUGCUGUACAAAUCGGUAUGGGAAAAAGGCCCUGUGACUAACUGUUCUGACACCAAAUUAAGUCGUAUUACCAUGUUGGCCUUGUUGGUGGUCGUUUCUUCGUUGGGUGUAUUGGCAGCUUUUUACGUGGCCCGUAAUAAAUACCAAAAAAUGGCAAAUAUAUCAUGUGCCCUACCACCAGGUUUGGAGGCAAUGGCAUAUCCAACGAAAGAUGACGGAAAUGACUUCCGUCGCAACAAAGAUUUCUUUAACACCGAAAGUCGCCAUCUACUUUCAUCAAUAAGUAAUGAUUUUAGUACCAUUUGUCAGAAUGGAGACCAUGUAAACGUCGAUGAAGGAGGUAUUGAUGGGUUGACAUCAGGUUCGUUGGGCAAAAGUAGUGGUUACAUUGGUUCCGACAACUCUACCCAGUACUAUGAUGUAGAAACGGUCAGGGCUGAUGAUCAUCACGACAAUGAUGUACUAGACCAUCAAAUGUCCACAGUAGAUGAUGCUUACAUGGUUAUGGAGCGUUUGAAACCAACCGACAGCAGUUUAAUAAUUCCACCUUCGUCGACUAGUACACUCGAUAAAAUGUUGUUACAGUCCGGCAAUAAUGGUGGAUAUGUACCGUCUAAUCUUUUGACAUUGAAUGGAAAGCAAAACUCCGAAUUGCCUCCAUCAUUCAUACCAACAGAAAAUGGAUAUAUAAAACAAGUAUCUGGAUUGAAUAGUCUAACAGCAGAUCGUGCUGCAAUAAUACCGUCACAAAAUGGUUAUGUAAAACUGCACGACAUAUGUAAUCUGUCGACACCGAAAUUUGCAAUGUCACCAACAUCAGCCAACAUAACACCACAAAUGUCACCAAUACAAACAGUUCCUACAACAAUGGGUGACAUACCAGUAAGCAGUACGGGCUAUGUUGCACCACAUAUGCUGCAAAAGAUGAAUGCCAAACUACCUACCAAAACCUACAAAGCUCUGCUUAUGUGUACAAAUCGCGGUCAUAACAAUUUUAUACAGCCAUCAAGUACAAAUGGCUAUACAACACUGGAAGCACUUAGUAAAACAAUGGUUCCGAGCCAUAUAUCACAGACUGUGAUUGGCGGAGGUGGGAAUGAUGGCGGAGGUGGCAUGGCGAAUAUGGUGCCGCCUAUUUCAGGCUAUGUUACACGAGAUGAGCUGAGAACAGCGUUUGGCCAGCAGCCACAAUUUAAUUAA